CGGAGGGCAAAGUCCGGGAGGGCUUGGCUGCGGGGGAAUGAAGCCUCCGCCUUCUCGGGUGAAAACCUUUAAAUACGGGCUCGGGCCCGGGACUCGGGGUGCGGCGCUUGGCAGCCCGAGAGGGGUGUGCGGUGAGGGGAGGUCAGACGGAGCAGGGCGCGAGUGCUGAAGCUGCGGCUGCGCGGCCCAGAGCGAGCUGUCCGAGCGGUCGGGGUUGGAGCAGUUACCUAUCUCUGUGCCUGGAAGUGGAGUAAAUCCUUAAAUUGGGAAUAUUAAUUUUUCAUGAAUGAGAAGAAGGGAAUAAGCCUGAAGCAAGUUGAAGCAAUUUUUCUGAAACCAGAUGCCAAGACUUUUCUGCUGUAGAGGUAGGGACAGCAGCAGUAAAUGCUGGAGACACAUCUUUGUACAAUCAUGUUUGAAAUUAAGAAGAUCUGCUGCAUCGGUGCAGGCUAUGUUGGAGGACCCACAUGUAGUGUCAUUGCUCAUAUGUGCCCUGAAAUCAGGGUAACGGUUGUUGAUGUCAAUGAAUCAAGAAUCAAUGCAUGGAACUCUUCUACGCUUCCUAUUUAUGAGCCAGGACUAAAAGAAGUGGUAGAAUCCUGUCGAGGAAAAAAUCUAUUUUUUUCUACCAAUAUUGAUGAUGCCAUUAAAGAAGCUGAUCUUGUAUUUAUUUCUGUGAACACUCCAACCAAAACCUACGGAAUGGGGAAAGGCCGUGCAGCAGAUCUGAAGUACAUUGAAGCUUGUGCUAGACGCAUUGUGCAAAACUCAUACGGGUACAAAAUUGUGACUGAGAAAAGCACAGUCCCAGUGCGGGCAGCAGAGAGUAUUCGUCGAAUAUUUGAUGCAAACACAAAACCCAACUUGAAUUUACAGGUGCUGUCCAACCCUGAGUUCUUGGCAGAAGGAACGGCCAUCAAGGACCUGAAGAACCCAGACAGAGUACUGAUUGGAGGGGAUGAAACCCCAGAGGGUCAGAGAGCUGUGCAGGCACUGUGUGCUGUGUAUGAGCACUGGGUUCCCAGAGAAAAGAUCCUCACCACUAAUACUUGGUCUUCAGAACUUUCCAAACUGGCAGCAAAUGCUUUUCUAGCACAGAGAAUCAGCAGCAUUAACUCUAUAAGUGCCCUCUGUGAAGCAACAGGAGCUGAUAUAGAAGAGGUGGCAACAGCCAUUGGAAUGGACCAGAGAAUUGGAAAUAAGUUUCUGAAAGCCAGUGUUGGUUUUGGUGGGAGUUGCUUUCAAAAGGAUGUUCUGAAUUUGGUUUAUCUCUGUGAGGCUCUAAAUUUACCCGAAGUAGCUCGUUAUUGGCAGCAGGUCAUAGACAUGAAUGACUACCAGAGAAGGAGGUUUGCUUCCCGGAUUAUAGACAGUCUGUUUAAUACAGUGACUGAUAAGAAGAUAGCUAUUUUGGGGUUUGCAUUCAAAAAGGACACCGGCGAUACAAGAGAGUCGUCUAGUAUAUAUAUUAGCAAAUAUUUGAUGGAUGAAGGUGCACACCUCCAUAUAUAUGAUCCAAAAGUACCAAGGGAACAAAUAGUUGUGGAUCUUUCUCAUCCAGGAGUUUCAGAGGAUGACCAAGUGGCCCGGCUCGUGACCAUUUCCAAGGACCCCUAUGAAGCAUGUGAUGGUGCCCAUGCUGUUGUGAUUUGCACUGAAUGGGACAUGUUUAAGGAACUGGACUAUGAACGCAUUCAUAAAAAAAUGCUGAAGCCAGCCUUUAUCUUUGAUGGACGACGUGUCCUGGAUGGGCUCCACAAUGAACUACAAACCAUUGGCUUCCAGAUUGAAACAAUUGGCAAAAAGGUGUCUUCAAAGAGAAUUCCAUAUGCUCCUUCUGGUGAAAUUCCAAAGUUUAGUCUUCAGGAUCUACCCAACAAGAAACCCAGAGUAUAGACAUUGCCAUUUUUAUUUGUAAUUUUUUUGGUACUUCAGGAUAACAAAUAUCUAUCUGAUAUUAAAUGGUAAAUGAAUCAAGUGCUUUUAAGGAAACAAAACUAUUUUUUUAAUAAUCAAAUUUAUACUAGCUGUAUGGGAAUUAGCAUAUCUGGUAAUUAUGAAACUAGAAUAUUUUUUACAUAUUUUUAUAAUAUUGUUACCUCAGUGAUUGGACGCAUAGCAAAUAAUUGUGUUGGUUUUAAUGGUGUCAAUUUUUGUAAAAUUAAACUUCAAACACUUUUUACUUUAUAAAAUGUCUUUAGGCAGCACUUUAACAUCACAUUGUAAUGGGAAUGGCACGCUUCAGUUUUUCUGAUCAUUGGUUUAUCUACUUGUCCUUAAGUAUGUAUUUUAAACCAUGAAAUGGCUAUGCUAAAUACUGGGCUAAACCUGUUAACCUUUCCAAAAGUGUCAUGGAAGUUUAGAGGUUUCUGGAUUAAUUGGGUAAGAUGUUUUCCAUGCCAUUUCUUGUCUCUCUGAACUGAGGAGGAUGCAAUGGACAGAAUGUGGCCUUUGAGCUUUUUUUUCCUAUGCUUCCAUGUUAGAAGUAACCCUGCAAGUAUGGUUUGGUUAUUGUUCUUUUGCUCCUUUUGUUUUAAUGAGCUGUGUUGUUGGUUUUCUAGUCCAAAAAGAUCAUCACUGGCCAUUUCCAAUCAAUCCAAAUAAGACUAAAAGGCAAUAUUUUUUUAACAUGAAGAGAAAAUCAGUGUAGUGAAAUGAAAAUCUAUUUCACUCCACUUCUUGUUUUUCCUCGCUGAUCACUGUUUUUUUUAGUCCAAUAUUUGUUAUUUUUAUUUUGCAUUUUCUUCCUAUAACUUAUUGCAAUUUCUCCCUUUUUCUUUAAGUAAUAAAACCAAUAUAAUCUCAUAUAUAAACUUAGUGAAGUAGAUUUUACAAGUUAUGUAUAGCAUAAUCCUAAAAUAAGGAAUUUUGUGUCUUCAACUACUUUUUUUCUUAUGUCUCUUUGACUUAUAUUUGAUUUUCUCUUGUGUUUAUCAUUAUUGAAAUAUGUCAGAUGUCCAUUUGAUGCUUGUGCUCUGCUGAGAGUACACAAAUUGAGUUAAACAGAUACAAGUCUCAUCCUUUAGGAAUUUUGCGGUUCAAUAAGGAUACAGAGACAAAGAUGAGGACAGAGACACCUAUAUAGAUAUCAAAUACAUAAAUAAAAUAUUCUGCAUAAGCCACUGUGUGGGUUAU